CCUCGUCUUCCCGAGGAACUUGUGGCUGCUCUGAGCCUUACCUAGGGCUAGCACCUCUACCAUAUACCAGAGGUCGUGCCCUCCUCCUAACUAGCUGUCAAGUAGUCAUCGCCGUCGGUGACUUUUGAUCAGCUGCUCAAAAUGUUGCUCGUCCGACUUUGCCGCUGUCGACCUGUUUUCCGUCAAAUCCCGACUUUCCUCCGUGCAUAUGCUACUACAGAACAAGCUUAUAUCCCCCCUGCCCAACUAGAGGAUGUCGCGCCGCCCACCUACCGAAAUAACCCCAACUCAUGGCGCAGGAAGGACAAGCCAGCCUCGCCAGCCUACUACACCACCCGGCCAUCCUUCUACGAGACCAUAGCGACACUCAACGAUGCGCUUCAAGCUGCUCGUCUGGCUCUUCGUGACCGCGGGCUGUAUCCACUACCGGCACACGCUUUAGCUGCCUUGCCCGAGUAUCCGACCCUCUACAUGAAUCAGGUCGACAUGGCCGCGACGCUCGCGGACGGCCAGCGCCUCACAACCACGAGACACCGACGGGUGAUAGACAUCCUGAGCGACCUGCACGAGUGCAGACGGAUCGCGCGGGCGGCGGCGCUUGCUGAUUUGGAGAGGGGGCUGGACGGGGUGAUCGAGGUGUUCGAGCGGCCGAACAAGGAGGCGCGGCUUGCGCAGGGGAAGAGGAAGCCCGUGGCGUUCGACGAGUAUGGGCGGUCGUAUACUGUGGGCCGGAGGAAGGAGAGCAGUGCGAGGGUCUGGCUGAUUCCUACCGUGCCGUUUGAGCAGCAAGUGUCCGGGGCUCCGUCUGGGCUCGCCGAGGAGGGGAAGGAGAGCGUUAAUGACCUGCCGGUCACGCAGAUCUUGGUGAAUAAUACGCCCUUGCCGCAGUACUUCCCCCACUUGUCGGACCGAGAGGCUAUCCUCAGGCCGUUCAAGGUAGCGGGUGUACUCGGCGCUUACAAUGUCUUUGCAUUGGUCAGAGGUGGCGGAACUACCGGUCAGACCGGUUCUAUCGUAACUGGUAUCGCCCGGGGAAUACUGGCACAGGAACAUCGCCGCGCCCAGCUCAUCUCCGAACACAUCCAAACCAACUACCUCGAGCCUAUAAACCGUGAGCUGGCGGGCGUCGACCCAGCGCUGGUGGAGCGCAUGGAGACCAUGGGCUCAGACAUGACCAUGAGCAUGGCUGAUCUGGAGCAGAUGAACGAGCGGGCGGGAGAUAGCGAGGAAGGGCGGGUGAUGAGCCUCGUCAGGGCACGCAGGGAGAAGCUGGAGGCGGUGCGGCGAGCAAGGGAGGCGGCGGAGAAGGUCGAGCUGGUGCUGAGGCGGUCGAAGCUGGUGCGGAGGGACCCGCGGAUGGUGGAGAGGAAGAAGACGGGCCUGGCGAAGGCCAGGAAGCGAUAUGCUUGGGUCAAGCGGUGAUGCGGGGAGGUACGGAUGCUGCCCAUUCUUCGAUGGCUGGGUAUCUUUCAAUGCUUUGCAAUGUUAUGAAUGCAUUAAUAUGGCAAUGUUCUGCUCUGUUGCGUGUCAUGGGAGUCCAG